AACCAAACUUCGAGGGUUCUAAGUGUGAGUACACUCGCGUGAGUCGUUGACUCCUCCCUUUGAUAUAGGAGACAUUGAAUUUCAAGGCCAUGCAAAUGGGGGAAACUGGUGAGGGUUGUAAGAGCUGGGAAGAGGAAAUAUUUUGGAACCAUUUUCAGUCUGUUCAUUUCACUCAAUUUCUCCUUCAUGGUUUUGAUCAGAAGCUUGUAAGUUUUUUUUCCUUAUGACUGUUCUUGAUUUUUUGUUCUAUAUUUGCUUUAAAGAAGGAAAAUCUCUCUCUAUCAAGAAAGAUGAUGAUUAUUAUUAUUAUUUGUAAUUGAAUUUGCACUGGGAAGAAUAGCAUCCUGUUUUCUUCUAUAGCAAUUAAGCAUUUUGGGUUUGUUUCUCCUGUGAGGAUGAAAGCAUGAUCUUGUUACCAUAUAUUUGGGUAUUUUUCGGUGAUUGCAUUCUGGCUUAAGAUGUAAGGGGAUUGGAGUAUUAUGAUGAAACAUUGUUGACAAUGCAUGGGACAAACAAAUCAUGCUUUUUUUUAGGUGUUUCCCAGAUGUAGCAGCUUCAAAAUGUUAAGAGUACCAUGAUGCUUUGUUUUAUUCAUGAGGGUACUCUUAAUUCCGCCUUGUAAGGGUAGAUCACUAAAUUUUGUCAAUAUUAGAUUUCAUCUUGCUUUUCAAUGAUAGAUGAAAUUGCAGGCCUUGCCAGAAAAAUUUGCUAAACAUUUCAAGAAGAAGCUACCGGAAACUGUGACUCUUAAAAGUCCCAGUGGUUUUACUUGGGAUGUAGGACUGACAACAAUUGUCGACACCUUGUUCUUUGAUCGUGGGUGGCAAACUUUUGUGAAAGAUCAUUCUUUGAAAGAGAAUGACUUCUUGAUCUUUAAGUAUGAUGGGGUGUCCAACUUUGAUGUUCUAAUGUUUGAUGGACUGAGCUUGUGUGAGAAAGCAGGUUCAUAUUUUGUGAGAAAAUGUCACACAAAAAGAAAAAUGAAUGAGACUGCUUUUGAAAUUAUAGACAACUCUUCACAGGACGAGCUUGAAGGCACUCCAAAAAAAUUUGCAGAAAAUGACAUUUGGAAAAAGAAAUUAGGAAAGAAUUCUUCAACCAUCUGCUCAAAAUCCAAGAAAAAGCUUCAGAUAAGCCAUAAAGGCAUUAAGACACUACACAAAACGAAAAAUAGUAGUGCAGGCAAUGAAAGGCCAUCUGUCUGUCUUGCCCUCCGAGCUCUGUCAAGACCAGGCAAUGGUAUGCCAGGUAUGUGGUUUCAAGUUUCCCUGUGUAUGGUCUGAAGUUAAUAGUCUUCAUAUUAUUGAAGGCCAUCACUACAUUUGACCAUGCAUAUUUUAUUUCCUCUAUUUUGUGGAGAAAAAACCAUGUGUUACAUCAACCUAUCUUGGGCAAUUUUAUUCAUGCUUAGAGGUGUAUUGUUAUGUAUCUUGUUUAGAUUCUUAUCACGUCUAACAUAAUUAUACUUUCUUAAUUCCAACAUUGGAGUAUCUGCAUAACAAUAUUUAUUUAUUUAUUUAUUUUGGCCAAAGGAUAGCACUUAUUUACAUUACAACACCCAUUUCAGAACUUCAUUGUAACUUGAUUUAGUCUGUAAAGCAGAGGCAGGCACUUGCAGUUUGAGAAAGAUGUUAGCACUUGAUGAAGAAAAGGAGGCUCAAUCUUUCACUUCUAUCUUUCCUAAUUUUGUAAAAAUCAUAAGGAAGUUCAACAUCAUCGGCUCCCACACUCUUAAAAUUCCACGCAAGUUCUCCAGGACACAUCUUCCUGCCUGCAAAACGGAGAUUGUCCUUCGCAAUUUGCAAGGUGAAUGCUGGACAGUGAAUUCAGUUCCAGAAAAAGGACAGAAGGCACAUACAUUUUGUGGAGGAUGGAUGACUUUUGUUCGUGAUAAUGACAUCAAGGUGGGAGAUGUCUGCAUAUUUGAACUUGUGAGCAAGAAUGAAAUGCGCGUGCAUAUAUCUGGGGUUGGAACAAGAGUCCUGGACCACCAACGUUCUCCUUCGUCAGAGUCUGAGACAUUCAGAGUUCAACCUCCAGUCCACUCCACACAGACUGUGGAUUGACUUACAUAUGUGACUACAAAAACAAAGACCUGCAUGAUUGGGUAAUAUGCAAUAUGCUUAUGCAGAUUUUUGGAGAAAGAAGGUAGUUUGUGGUGGCAUUGAUAAACGUCUAACAGCUAGGUUUAUUUUCGGCCAACAUUUUAUUCAGUGUUGCAACGUGUUUUGCUUAUCCCGGAACUGAGGGUCCUUCCAAUCCCUUGUCAGCUUGUAUAUCCUUUGUAGUUUUUUAAUCUUCUUGGCAAUCCUAUUUUAUGUACAUUAAAUAGUUAAACCAGGGAAAGCUGCUGGAAGAACCUAGAAAAAGUCUCAAAUCUAAAUGAGGAUCUGUUCAGUGGUAAGACUGACUCACGAGUUGGAAAUUCAGGAGACUGUUUGGAGCGAUGGAAAAGAAGGGUCGGACCGCAGAUAUAUAAUAGAGAUUAGCUAGAAACAAUAAUGAGAAUUCUCUCAUAUGAUUCUCGUUGUCAUCAGGGUAUGAAUGUUGGUCCAACUGUCAGUAUGUAAAGUGUAAACUCAGUUCCCCCCCCCCCCCCCCCAAAAAAAAAAAAAAAAAAAACUAUUAGAGAUGUAAAGUUGCAUUUGUGAGUUAUGAUGCAGAGAAAGAACAAAAGACUGGAAAAAAGAACAGGGUUUCUUAUAUAAGGUAUCUCUCAAACAGAAGGCUGGUGAGUGGUGACUCAAGAGGAAAAGGACAUUGCUUUGCGACAUGCACCUGCAGCAGCAAAUCCAGACAUUGUGCUGGUAGUUAUGCAAUCCAAGCAUGUAUAUGAGCACUUCACCAUGGUAAUGUUAUCUAAUAAUUUUGAUAAUAGUAU